GUCCGCUUGGCCGCCAUGGGCGCCGCAGGCUCCAGCGCGCUCUCCCGCCUCGGCCUCCCCGCGCCCGUCCGGCCCGCGUGGCUCGGCGUCGCCGCUCUGGGGCUGGCGGCGGCGGCGCUGGGGGCGGUGGCCUGGCGCGCGCGGCCCCGGCGAGGCUGGCGACGGCAGCCGGUGGGCACCGUGGCGCAGCUCUGGGUCUACCCGAUCAAGUCCUGCAAGGGGGUGGCGGUGCCCGAGGCCGAGGUGACGGCGCUGGGGCUGCGUGUGGGGCAGCUGCGCGACAGGUUUUGGAUGGUGGUGAAGGAGGACGGACACAUGGUUACUGCCCGGCAGGAGCCGCGCCUCGUCCUGGUCUCCAUCACCUCGGAGGACGGCUUCCUGGUGCUCAGGGCACCUGGCAUGGACCAGCUGGCGCUGCCCUACAAGCUGCCUUCUUCAAACAAGCUCCUUGAUUGCAGGCUGUUUGGCCUCGACAUCAAAGGCAGGGAUUGUGGCGACGAGGUGGCCCAGUGGUUCAGCAGCUUCCUGAAGUCGGAAGCCUACAGGCUGGUGCAGUUUGAGACCAGCAUGAAGGGGCGGACGUCCAAGGAGAUCUUCCCCCAAGUGAAGGAUUUAGGGUACCAGGUGCCCUAUCCCGAUGCCAGCCCGGUCCUGCUGCACACCGAGGCCUCGCUGGUGGACCUGAACACCCGGCUGGGGAAGAAGGUGAAGAUGGAGCACUUCCGGCCCAACAUCGUGGUGGGCGGCUGCGACGCCUUCGAGGAGGAUACCUGGGAAGACCUGGUCAUUGGGGACGUGGAGUUGAAGAGGGUCAUGUCGUGCCCCAGGUGCAUCUUGACCACUGUGGACCCUGACACGGGCAUCCUCGACCGGAAGGAGCCACUGCAGACCCUGAAGAGCUACCGCCUGUGUGACCCCUCUGUGAAGCAUUUGUACCAGUCGUCCCCGCUUUUUGGGGUCUAUUUUAUGGUGGAAAAGAUUGGAGUCCUGAGAGUUGGGGACCCCGUGUACCAGCUGGUGGACUGAUGGGCCGCUGGGGUGACAUUCAGAGAGCAUCCAGGAGGCACUGACGAAGAUUUUGAAGAUUUCACCGAGCUGGGAGAACGCUGUGCCAAGUCCACCUGGGGUCGACUUUGCCCUGGAGCAAGUCUCAAUUUCUGUUUCUGCAAAGUUACGCAUGCUCCAAAUUAACGCAAGUGAAGAAUCUGAGGUGAUUUGGGAUUUGAAGAUAUAUACAUUUUGAUAAUAAAGGGGUUUUAGAUCAACAAAAUUAUCUAUAAGAUUAUUGUGAAUUUUAUCAGAGCUGUUACAUUGUUCCAAUCCUUGAUUUUAUACUGGUGAGUAAAGGUUAAAGAGUUAGCUAAAAGCUGCAAUUUUAAAAUUACAUAUGUACGCUUUAUCUGCCAUUGUUCCUUGUUUUAAGAAAAAGGGGAAACAGCAAGUCCCAUGCUUUACAUGUUAACAGGCUCACAAAUGCCCAGGGUCCCGGCCUGGCCGAGGAGCCCUACUUCCCUGCAUUUUGGAAUCAGGGUUGUGCGUGAAGGUGGGCGUUACUUUGUAGACGCUUUUGUAUUUGAUUUUUGCCUCUGUUAACUCAUUCAGAAUGAUUUGUGUCUGUUGACAUAUCAUCUGGAAUUCCAAGCAAGAAAAGCAAAGAAUGGAAUUUGGAGAAAGGAAGGGAAGCAGGAAAGCAUGAGCGUAUUGUUAGGUGCGUUAAUAAGAGAAAGGAACUGUUUUCAAAUGCUUAAGCAAAUAUCCGAGCUGCACUAAUAAUGACUGGAUUAACCUGCUGCUCACUCUGUGGUUUCUUUGUUUUUAAUAAACAUUGGUCUCAGCUCUG